CACCCACAGCAGCUGGACUCAAGCUCGCUCCGGGGCGGCCCCUGGGGGUGGCCGCGGCCUCAGCCCAGCCCCUCCCUCUUCCCUUGCUCCCUCUCUUCGCCUCCCUCCUCGCUCCCUCACCACGUAGGAGUUCCCAUUCUCCACCCCAGCCGUCCUGCUUUUCCCCCUUUCCUUCCUUUUAGAAACCAGAGACUCCGAGGGAGGCGACCAGGCAGCAGAGGAGAGGGCCGGCUCACAAAGUGCUGCUUUGACACAUCCUUAGGAUGGAAGUUAAGUGAAAGCAAAACAACCCAAACAAAACUCCGCGAAGUGGUGCUGCUACGGGGAAGGAGACCAGGGGGCUGAGAAAACCCGGUGGGCAGGCCAAUGGUUGUUCGGCAGCGCGUUGGCAAGUUUGUGGAACACUUUCUAGGAAUUAGGUCUUUUUUGUCCCCGUCAUCUUCUUGACUUCUGAAGAAAGAACUUGUGCUUGGAUUGCAAUGGAGUCUAAGGAGACAGGGCUAGACGCACGUGAAUAGUCCCGCUGGCUGGGCUGAAUUUGUGGGAAUUUCGGAAGCCAGCCUGUGGAAGCACAGCAGAUCUGGAGUCCCUGGGGUUCGUUCGGAUGGCUACCAACCUGUCCCAUGUCAGAACUCUUCGCCAACAGCUUCUGAUGUUGCCAUUUUGCUCCUCUUGACCUUAAUUAAUCUCUAGGAAAGUCUAAACUUCGGACCUACCUCUUUUUUUGAUACUUAUUUUUGUACUUCUGCUCUCUGGGAUUGGUUUCUUAAACAAUCGGGAUCCUUUUUCAUAUGUCAAAAUGAGUCCGCUGAUGUUUACACUUGUAUUGCUCUUUGGAUUUCUCUGCAUUCAGACUGAUGGAUCUCGUCUUCGUCAGGAAGACUUUCCCCCCAGGAUUGUAGAACACCCUUCUGAUGUAAUUGUCUCCAAGGGAGAGCCCACGACUCUGAACUGUAAAGCAGAGGGCCGGCCAACUCCCACCAUUGAAUGGUACAAGGACGGCGAGAGAGUGGAGACAGACAAGGAUGACCCCAGGUCUCACAGGAUGCUUCUGCCCAGCGGAUCCUUAUUCUUUUUGCGAAUUGUGCAUGGGCGCAGAAGUAAACCUGAUGAAGGGAGCUACGUGUGUGUUGCAAGGAACUAUCUUGGUGAAGCAGUGAGUCGGAACGCAUCUCUGGAAGUGGCAUUAUUGCGAGAUGACUUCCGGCAAAACCCCACAGAUGUGGUAGUGGCAGCUGGAGAGCCUGCAAUCUUGGAGUGCCAGCCCCCACGAGGACACCCAGAACCUACCAUCUACUGGAAGAAAGAUAAAGUCCGAAUUGAUGACAAGGAAGAGAGGAUAAGUAUCCGAGGUGGAAAACUGAUGAUCUCAAAUACCAGGAAAAGUGAUGCAGGCAUGUAUACCUGUGUGGGCACCAAUAUGGUGGGAGAAAGAGACAGCGACCCUGCAGAGCUGACUGUCUUCGAACGACCCACAUUUCUCAGGAGGCCAAUUAACCAGGUGGUGCUAGAAGAAGAGGCAGUGGAAUUCCGUUGUCAGGUCCAGGGAGAUCCACAGCCAACUGUGAGGUGGAAGAAGGAUGAUGCAGAUUUGCCAAGGGGAAGGUAUGAUAUCAAAGAUGACUAUACCCUGAGAAUUAAGAAGGCCAUGAGUACAGAUGAAGGUACCUAUAUGUGUAUCGCUGAGAAUCGGGUGGGAAAAGUGGAAGCAUCUGCUACCCUCACUGUCCGAGUUCGCCCUGUUGCUCCUCCACAGUUUGUGGUUAGGCCAAGAGAUCAGAUUGUUGCGCAGGGCCGGACAGUGACAUUCCCCUGUGAAACGAAAGGAAACCCACAGCCAGCUGUUUUUUGGCAGAAAGAAGGCAGCCAGAACCUGCUUUUCCCAAACCAACCUCAGCAACCCACUAGCCGGAGUUCAGUGUCCCCCUCUGGAGACCUCACCAUCACCAACAUCCAGCGUUCAGAUGCAGGAUACUACAUCUGUCAGGCCUUAACAGUGGCAGGAAGCAUCUUAGCUAAAGCGCAGUUGGAGGUUACCGAUGUUUUGACAGAUAGACCUCCACCAAUAAUCCUGCAAGGACCAAUAAACCAAACACUUGCAGUAGAUGGUACAGCUUUACUGAAAUGUAAAGCCACUGGAGACCCUCUUCCUGUCAUUAGCUGGCUAAAGGAGGGCUUCACUUUUCUGGGUAGAGAUCCAAGAGCAACGAUCCAGGAACAAGGAACACUGCAAAUUAAGAAUUUACGGAUUUCUGAUACUGGCACUUAUACUUGUGUGGCUACAAGUUCAAGUGGGGAGACUUCCUGGAGUGCCGUGCUGGAUGUAACAGAAUCUGGAGCAACAAUCAGUAAAAAUUAUGAUAUAAAUGACCUGCCGGGGCCACCAUCCAAACCACAGGUCACUGAUGUUACUAAGAACAGUGUUACCUUAUCCUGGCAACCAGGUACACCUGGAGUUCUUCCAGCAAGUGCAUAUAUCAUCGAGGCUUUCAGCCAGUCGGUGAGCAAUAGCUGGCAAACGGUGGCCAACCAUGUUAAGACAACUCUCUAUACUGUGAGAGGACUGAGGCCUAAUACAAUCUACUUGUUCAUGGUCAGAGCAAUCAACCCUCAAGGUCUCAGUGACCCAAGUCCUAUGUCGGAUCCGGUACGCACGCAAGAUAUAAGUCCACCAGCACAAGGAGUGGACCACAGACAAGUACAGAAAGAACUGGGAGAUGUCAUUGUUCGUCUACAUACACCAGUUGUCCUGACACCUACAACCAUUCAAGUCACAUGGAUGGUGGAUCGGCAACCCCAGUUUAUUCAGGGCUACAGAGUGAUGUAUCGUCAGACUUCUGGCCUACAAGCUUCCACUGCAUGGCAGAAUCUCGAUGCCAAAGUCCCAACCGAGAGGAGUGCUGUCCUGGUGAAUCUGAAAAAGGGGGUGACCUAUGAAAUUAAAGUCAGGCCAUAUUUUAAUGAGUUCCAAGGAAUGGACAGUGAAUCAAAAACAAUCCGUACUACUGAGGAAGCUCCCAGUGCCCCUCCCCAGUCUGUCACUGUGCUGACAGUGGGAAGCCACAACAGCACAAGCAUCAGUGUAUCCUGGGAUCCUCCACCUCCAGACCACCAGAAUGGAAUUAUUCAGGAAUACAAGAUCUGGUGUCUUGGAAAUGAAACACGAUUCCAUAUCAACAAAACUGUGGAUGCUGCUAUUCGUUCUGUAGUAAUAGGUGGCUUAUUCCCUGGAAUUCAAUACAGGGUAGAAGUGGCAGCUAGCACAAGUGCAGGGGUUGGAGUAAAAAGUGAACCACAGCCAAUAAUAAUUGGGGGACGCAACGAAGUUGUUAUUACUGAAAACAAUAACAGCAUAACUGAGCAAAUAACUGAUGUUGUGAAGCAACCGGCAUUUAUAGCUGGCAUUGGUGGUGCCUGCUGGGUAAUUUUGAUGGGUUUUAGCAUCUGGUUGUAUUGGAGAAGAAAGAAGAGAAAGGGGCUCAGCAAUUAUGCUGUAACAUUUCAAAGAGGAGAUGGAGGACUAAUGAGCAAUGGGAGCCGUCCAGGUCUUCUAAAUGCUGGUGACCCCAAUUAUCCAUGGCUUGCUGACUCAUGGCCAGCCACGAGUUUGCCAGUAAACAAUAGCAAUAGUGGCCCAAAUGAAAUUGGAAAUUUUGGGCGUGGAGAUGUGCUGCCGCCAGUCCCAGGCCAAGGGGAUAAAACAGCAACGAUGCUUUCAGAUGGAGCCAUUUAUAGCAGCAUUGACUUUACUACCAAAACCACUUACAAUAGUUCCAGCCAAAUAACACAGGCCACCCCGUAUGCCACUACCCAGAUCCUGCAUUCCAACAGCAUCCACGAACUGGCAGUUGAUCUUCCUGAUCCACAGUGGAAAAGCUCAAUUCAGCAAAAAACAGACCUGAUGGGCUUUGGUUAUUCACUCCCUGAUCAGAACAAAGGUAACAAUGCCUUACUUUACAUCCCUGACUACCGAUUGGCUGAGGGACUGUCUAAUAGAAUGCCACACAACCAGUCACAGGAUUUCAGCACCACCAGCUCCCACAACAGCUCAGAAAGGAGUGGCAGUCUCUCAGGUGGGAAAGGUGGAAAAAAGAAGAAAAACAAAAAUUCUUCUAAAGCGCAGAAAAACAAUGGAUCAACUUGGGCUAAUGUCCCUCUACCUCCUCCUCCGGUCCAGCCCCUGCCUGGUACAGAACUGGGGCACUAUGCUGCAGAACAACAAGAAAAUGGCUAUGACAGUGACAGCUGGUGCCCACCAUUACCAGUGCAAACAUACUUGCACCAGGGUAUGGAAGAUGAACUGGAAGAAGACGAUGAUAGGGUCCCAACACCUCCUGUGCGUGGUGUGGCCUCUUCUCCUGCUAUCUCCUUUGGACAGCAGUCCACUGCCACUCUUACUCCAUCCCCAAGGGAAGAGAUGCAACCCAUGCUGCAAGCUCACUUGGAUGAGUUAACAAGGGCCUAUCAGUUUGAUAUAGCAAAACAAACAUGGCACAUUCAAAGCAAUACUCCACCUCCACAGCCCCCAGUCCCACCAAUAGGUUACGUGUCUGGAGCCUUGAUUUCUGAUUUGGAAACAGAUGUUCCAGAUGAGGAUGCUGAUGAUGAAGAGGAACCAUUAGACAUCCCCAGGCCCCUCAGAGCACUAGACCAGACACCUGGAUCCAGUAUGGACAAUCUAGACAGCUCUGUGACAGGAAAAGCCUUUACCUCCUCUCAAAGGCCACGGCCCACCAGCCCAUUUUCUACCGAUAGUAACACCAGCGCUGCCCUGAAUCAAAGCCAGCGGCCUCGGCCCACCAAAAAACACAAGGGAGGGAGGAUGGACACACAGCCAGUGUUACCUCAUCGGAGGGAAGGGAUGCCAGAUGAUCUUCCCCCACCACCAGAUCCCCCACCAAGUCAGGGUUUAAGACAGCAGAUAGGCCUGAGCCAGCAUUCUGGUAACGUGGAAAAUUCAACAGAGAGAAAAGGAAGCUCUCUAGAGAGACAACAAGCGGCCGACUUAGAAGACACAAAGAGCUCAUUGGAUUGUCCAGCUAAGACCGCCCUAGAGUGGCAGCGUCCAACCCAGGAUUGGAUAAACUCUACUGACCGCCAAGAAGAUGCACGGAAAGCCCCACACAAACAAGGGGUUAGAUCAGAGGAGUCCUUGGUACCCUACAGCAAGCCCAGUUUCCCAUCUCCAGGUGGGCACAGCUCUUCGGGAACAGCCUCCUCAAAAGGGUCCACUGGCCCUCGGAAGGCCGAGGUAUUAAGGGGCGGCCAUCAGCGAAAUGCCAGUGACCUUCUGGACAUUGGAUAUGGGGGCUCAAAUAGUCAAGGACAGUUUACAGGUGAAUUAUAGUAACUGAGAGGGGACAUACAAAGAUGCUCUGAGGACUACCAGGUCUGAACUCAUGGAAGUGAUAACAUUUAACAGUGCAAUGAACAAUUUCUUUAUUUAUGUACUAUUAAAAAAACUGUAAAUGCAAUGUAAAGACACACAGCCACACGUAUCCCACAGUUCUUUUCUUGUGUUCUCCUCUUGAUUACACCACCUACCUUAACUCUUUCUUGUCAGGAGUAUAUAAGAAAAAGAAAGAAAACAAAACUCACCCUCCAGGAAGAAAAGGAUUUCCUCUGUAUAUAAUUUCUUUUUUGCAUUGCUAUGCAAGUUCACUCUUUUCAACUCUGUUCAUAUUAUUGUCUGUUCUUAUUGGUCUGUUGUACUAUAUGUGAAUUAACGGGCUGUGGUGCCAUAUAUUAACUUUUAAUUGUGUAACAUUUUAUGUUUAAAUUUUGCACUGCCAUUUUAUUUGGUGAUAAGCACAAAAUCUCUACUCCUCAUGACAUGAAGAAAAAGAUGGAAUGUGAAGGGAGUUUCUGUACUGUACGUUAGGUUGGGUAAUACUGGCGUAACCAAUCCUGUGAGAGGACUUUCAUUUGGGGUGUAGAAAUAGGAAGAUUCGAAGGAAUGAUAGUGUUGGCAAGUCUUCUUGAAACAUCAGAUAUAGAGUGAAUUUUAAGGAGAAAGAUGGCUUUUACUAUUGAAAAAAAGCACGGGUCAAAAGAAAGAAGUUUAAGUCUAGAUGAAUAUGGGUUAAAGUAUGUUGGUAGCAAAGAUGUACUAACUUGCUUUAAAAUUAUAAUUAAAGUUUUAUUUAGAAUCAACUUUACCGUCAUUGUAAUUGACCCAUUUGAAAGUUACAAUGAGCAAAAUGAAAUGAAGGUGUUUCAAGAGAUCUGUAUUUAUACUACAGCUUUUAAAAAAUAACAUUUUUGAAAGACCAUAAUUAACCUUACCAAUUCAGUAAGUCAGAGUAUAACAUGAAGUUCCCCAAGGAAACAAAGAAUCAACUCUAGAAAUUUUAGCAACUAGUUAAAGAAACAAGUUGUUUUUAGGGCAUACUCAAGCCAAUUUUGGAUAUUGCUCAUCUUUCUAAUACAUGUACAGUACAUACUAGAGGAUGUGGCCACAUCACUUAAGUUCAUUACUUAAAAAUCUAAUGGAUUAUACAUACAAUUUUGUUUUUAGUUUGAUUAAGCAGUGAAAUUGAUGCCACCAAAUGUAUAGGCAAGUUGUUAAGCGCUUAACUUAAGUAACUUAAGCAGUACUCGCAGUAUGUUCAGUUAACAAUUAGUAGAUUUAUUGGACUAAAUAUUUUCUGGUACAUUCUCAGAAAUUGGCUACCAACGAAAAUCUGUUUGACCCAUUUUGAAUGAGUAAAUUGGAAAGAACAGUCAAACCGGAGAAAAUGCAUGUUUAUACACUUUUUAAAUAAAACCAAAUCUUGUAAGUGGACAUUAAUAACAGUGUCCUGCCUCAUUUGUUUUCACGGCUUUGAGAACAAGGAGUUUCUGGACAUCAAUUACAUAUGCUCAAAAUAAAUGUGACUUUGAAAUGUAUGUUAGCUACUGUACAUGUAUGUAAGUCAAGUAGAUGAUAGCCUUCCUCAAAUUACCACUUAUGACAUUUUCCCAUGUGCUACCUACACAAUCUUAAAUUUGAGUCCUGCCAAUGUCGUCUAUUAUUUUUUCCUAUGAUAUGUUCAAUAGAUGGUAUCUUAAAAAAUAUUCAUUGUGAUGGUUUUCAAGUAGGAGACAUUUUGAUUGAAAAUACACACUGUGCAUCAUUGGCUCAGAUGCCAAUUCAUAUGACAUUAUAAUAUCAAAUACAUAAGUUCAUCAUUUCAAGGCUACUGUGCCAUACAGACAAGCAUAGAAUGUGAUGUUCUUCGUGGGUCUCAAAAUUUUCUUAGUGCCAUAUAGUUAAGUUUCUUCACUGAAGGGACAAAUAAUUCUGAUACACCCUUUAACAACUUUUUACCGUCAGUGCCUAAAUUUUAUUGAAAUUUGUUGUCUCUGGUACAAGGAAAUGGGAAAAGUUGAACAGUUUCUGUGAAAAAGAAAGAGAAUUAUGUAAUUAUUGUCAAUUCCGAGAUACAAUGGCUUUAAUUUUGCAUUUAAACAGUUCCCUUUUCCAUGGCUUCUAUUUAAAAGCAUGGGAUCUUUUUUUUUUUUUUUUUUUUUUUUUGAGAUAGGGUUUCUCUGUGGUUUUGGAGCCUGUCCUGGAACUAGCUCUUGUAGACCAGGCUGGUCUCGAACUCACAGAGAUCCACCUGCCUCUGCCUCCCAAGUGCUGGGAUUAAAGGCAUGCGCCACCACCACCCGGCCAAGCAUGGGAUCUUUUAAGAAACAUAUUUAGUUGGAUUUUUACUUUAUGUUCAUGAAUAACAUAAUUUAGUGUAAAACAGUAUAAGUACGGUAACUGACACUGACAGAUUAUUAUUAAACCAAAUCACAAGAAAUGAGAUCUUCAGAUCACAUGAUGGCUUAGAGAAUUAUUUGGGAUUAUACCACCAUGUCUUCCUCAUUGUCUGUAGUAUAUAAUUAUAAACAGAUUGUGUUCAUACAGAUUAAAGACUGUGAUUACUGCAAAAUCUUUUACCCAAUAUCUGCCGGGAAGACAAGGAAACAUGCUAUGACCAUUUGAAUUCAGACAUAUUACCACAAACAGAAAGGUAUUCAUCAUCUAGGUAUUUGUACAAAUACAUUCAUCGUUAAUAUUCAUAUUGUUGACAGAGGAACACAUACCUUAUGAGAGUCCCGUGUCUUCUCUUUUUGAAGUCAACUGAAUUUGAUAGGAAAUCUACUGAGCUCACUCUUCUGUGAGCCUGAACAGAAACCUGCAUAAGCCAUCAGAAGGAAUUCUGGGUGGAAAUGAAGCCUCAUUUUUUGUUCAUAGGCAAUAUUGCUGUGUAUUCAUGCCAGACCCAAGAAUAGCUUCUUUCAGAACAGGCAAAGUCUCCUUAGGGAAUGCAAGAAAAGUAGCCCCCAAACUCAGGUAUGCCAGUAUAAGCAGUGGAGUCUGCCUACCCUUUCCAGGACAUUUUACAAAAGUAACUUAGGUGAGGACAGGACUAUGAAAACAUUGAACUCCUUCACAGCAUUUGGAGCAGCUCAAGGAAGUAUAUAGGAAAGUCAAGACCAAUGUGUAAGACAACACACCACCAAAGUGAAGUAAAAGCUUGCAAAUUUAUUUACUUUGACUAACAAAACAGAUCUAGUAUGUUCUAUGAUAUAGUACAAUGUUCUACAUAUUUAUAUAGAUUUUCAGUAGGAUUUCAGUUGCAAGUUUGUAAGUGAUUUCAUGAAAUACUACCAAGUUCUACUUAAUGAAUUUAUGCAAUUUUUCAUUGAUGAUGAAACAAUUGCUGCAUCAAUGAGCUCACAACUGCAGAUCACUUCCCUGAGAAUUGAUCUUGUCAAUAUUGAAGAUAUGCAAAACCAUAAUAUUCACUACUGUUAGCUUGUUCAUAUACUUCUGUAUAUUGCGGGUGGGGAAAAACCCUGUUUUUCCACAUUAUCUGAGAGGUGAAAUGAUUUUUUCUUUGUUUUAUCAUAAUGGUUACUUCAAAUGAAACCACAUACAUUUUUAAAGGACAUGCCAUUUACAGAUAUUCUUUACUCUCAUAAUUUUAAAAGUGUUCGUUGUGAUUUUAAAGUGUUACAAGAUAAUGGAUUUUGUGGCCAUGGGUAGACUUUUUAUACUUUGUUUUAUAGAUGAAUUUUUUUUCAAUGUAGUUUAUUUGAGUCAAGAAACAGUAUCCCAAAUCUUGUUGUGUUUCAUUUGAUGUUAUUAGAUCAGCAAAGAAAUGGGCAUAACAUUGAUUCAUAGUAUUGUCAAAAAAUUGUGUAUUGUGUAUUCACUGGGAAAAAUAAAAAUAUAUUCACAUUUCAAUUUUGUAAAAAAAAAGCCAUUUAUGUAAAGCAAAUUUGUCUGUGGACAAACCAAAAAUAGACCAUUGUGUCACUUUGGGA